CGUUCACAUGUAAGAAGUUACCAGGCUAACUUUCUCUUGAACUUUCAGCACCAGAUGGGGUCAGUAAUGAAGACUCAUCCAACUCACUGUGUGUGUGUGUUCAUGUAUGUGCGUGUGUGAGCGCGUUAUUUGCCAGGUUGGUGCUAAAGACUUCAACUUGGCAUCCAAGCAGAGCAGCAGUCUUUAAAAAGACGAGUGAAAGAGAAGCCCAAACCAGCCCAAGAAGACAAAUGGAGGAUUUGUGUCGCCUGAGCGGUUUGGAUCCUUUAUGGGACUGGAACUUGACGUGGUACACGGCCAAGCCGGACCUGACUCAGUGUUUCCAACACACCGUGCUGGUUUGGUUCCCUUGUUCUUUCCUGUUGACCUGUUGCCCCUUCUACCUGCUCUACUUGCACCUGCGCCCCCCAAAAGCGUCCAUCCCCCUGUCCGUACUGUGCUGCACCAAGACGCUGGUAAGUCUCAGCCUGGCAUCGUUUAGCCUCUUGGAGGUAUUUUACCUUCUGGUAUGGAAGAACACGGAGCUCUACAGUCACAUGGUCUUCCUGCUCAGCCCGCUGGUCCGAUGUUUUUCACUGGUUCUGUCUGUCAUAAUAAUCCACGUUGAGAGGAUGAAAGGCAGUCGUUCAUCCGUCCUCCUCUUCCUCUUCUGGACUCUUCUGGUUCUUUGCUCCGUUGUUCCUCUGAAGGCUGCGGUGGAACAGAUCAUUGAUCAGGGCUUUUUAUCGGAUGCUGUUCGCUUUGUGGCCUUCUUUAUCUGUUUUUUCCUCCAAGUCCUUCAAAUGCUUCUCAGCGGCUUUUCAGACCGCCGACCGCUGCGCAGUCAGCAUGUCGAGAGCGAAUGUCCAGAAGAAGAUGCCUCCUUUCUUUCCAAGUUUUUAUUCUUUUGGUUCAGCAGUUUGGUGGUGCAGGGCUACCGCUGCCCCCUGCAGGCAUCAGACCUGUGGACCCUGCGGGAUGAGGACUCGUCCAAGCGGAUCAUGUGUGAGAUGGAAGCGGCCUGGGCGCGGGAGUGUGAGCGCAGGAAGGAGUCUGUCUCCUCCGGGUCGUUUCGCUUCGACUCGGAUGAAAAAAGCCCUUUGAUCAGAAAGCCCCGAAAACGACUGAGCUACCUUCACUUCCUGCUGUGCACUCUUGGGAGGACCUUUGGGCCGUACUUCCUGUGUGGGACCUUGUUCCUGCUCCUGCAUGACACCGUCGUGUUCGCAGUACCGCAAGUGCUCAGCCUCCUGCUGGGGUUCAUGCGGGAUGAAGACGCCGCCAUGUGGAAGGGUUUUCUGUUUGCCUGUCUGCUCUUCAUCCUGUCUUGCCUGCAGUCCCUCCUGCACCAUCAGUACAUGUAUCGCUGCUUCACCGUCGGAAUGAGGCUAAAAACCGCCAUCAUGGGUCUCGUCUACAGGAAGAGUCUGCUGAUGAGCAGCGGCGCUCGCCGCCAGUGCACGGUGGGAGAAAUCAUCAACCUGAUUUCAGUGGACACGCAGAAGAUGAUGGACUUGGUCGUUUACGUCAACAACGUGUGGGUGGCGCCCAUUGAGAUUGCGCUGUCCUUCUACUUCCUGUACCAACUCCUCGGGCCGUCUGCCCUGGCCGGCGUCAGCGCCAUCGUCCUGAUCUUCCCUCUGAACGGACUCAUCGCCAAGUGGAGGAGCAAGCUGCAGGAGGUGCAGAUGGACUUCAUGGACGGUCGCAUCAAGCUGAUGAAUGAGAUUCUGAGCGGCGUGAAGAUCCUCAAAUUCUACGCCUGGGAGGACGCCUUCUUGCGUCGCAUCGGCGCCCUGAGGGAGGGCGAGCUGCACACCCUGAAGAAGUCUCAGGUCCUCUACUCGCUCUCUCUGGCCUCCUUCAACUCUUCCUCCUUCCUGAUCGCCUUCUCCAUGUUUGCAGUUUACGUGCUGAGCGACGAGCGCCACGUUCUGGACGCGCAGAAAAUAUUUGUGUCUGUCGCUCUCAUCAACAUCCUGAAAACGCCUUUGAGUCAGCUUCCUUUCGCCAUGAGCACCACCAUGCAGGCCUUUGUGUCACUCAGACGUUUGGGGAACUUCCUGUGCCAGGAUGAACUGAAGUGGGACAACGUGGAGAAGCUUCCCCUAACCCAAAACGGCGAUGGCGUGCUUAUCGAAGAAGGACACUUUGCUUGGUCCAACAACGGGCCGCUGUGCUUGCAGAGAGUCAACCUGAAGGUGAAGAGCGGCACUCUGGUGGCCGUGGUCGGCCAUGUCGGUUCGGGCAAAUCCUCGCUCUUGUCGGCCAUCUUGGGGGAGAUGGUGAAGAGGCGGGGCUCCGUCCUAGUCAGGGGUUCCAUGGGCUAUGUACCUCAACAGGCCUGGAUCCAGAAUGCCACGCUGAAGGACAACAUUUUGUUUGGCCUGGAGAGGAAAGAGAGUUGGUACCACCGUGUGGUUGAGGCCUGUGCUCUGUUGCCGGAUCUGGAAGUGCUACCAGCUGGGGAUGCGGCGGAAAUCGGUGAAAAGGGACUCAACCUGUCUGGAGGUCAGAAGCAGAGGGUAAGCUUGGCUCGAGCUGUGUACAGGAAUUCGGACGUUUACCUGCUGGAUGACCCACUGUCCGCCGUCGACACUCAUGUGGGGCAGCAUAUCUUCGACCGAGUCCUCGGACCCAAAGGACUUCUGAAGAACAAGACGCGAGUGCUUGUCACUCACAGCCUCAGUCUGCUGCCGAAGGUGGAUUUGGUCGUGGUGAUGGAAGACGGUCACAUCUCUGAGAUGGGUUCGUACGCUGAGCUCUUGGACCAGAAACGAGCGUUCGCCAAAUUGAUCCACAACUUCAGUGGAAACAAGCCCAAAGAAAGCUCUGCCUACAAGGAGAAAAGUAGUUUUGCUGUAGAAAAUGUCAGCAGGAAGUCGCUGUCACGUCUGAGUAUCACCGACUUCUCUAUCGACCUUUCCCAGGAGCAGUUGAUCAGCUGUGACAUGGGUGGUGCCAGUGUUCAGGUGGUGGGGACGCUCCAAGACUUGCCGUCUGACGACUCUGGGAAACUCACUCAGGCUGACACAGCUAAAGUUGGGAGGGUAAAGCUGCAAGUAUACCAGGAAUACUUCAGAACCGUCGGCCUGACCUUCAUCAUGACCAUCCUCUUCCUGUGCGCCUUCCACCAGUCCGCCUCGUUAGCGUACAGCUACUGGCUCAGCCUGUGGGCCGACGACCUUCCCAUAAACGGCACCCAGGCCGACCACGUGCUCAGACUGAGCGUGUUCGGAGCCCUCGGCCUGACUCAAGGUCUGGCCAUGUUUGGGACGACCCUGGCCAUCGCCCUGGGUGGGAUCGUGGCGUCACGCCACCUUCACGCCGACCUGCUCCACAACGUUCUGCGCUCGCCAAUGUCUUUUUUCGAGGUGACGCCCAGCGGGAACCUCCUCAACCGCUUCUCCAAGGAGAUCGACGCCAUCGACUGCAUGAUCCCCGAAGGCCUCAAGAUGAUGCUGGGCUACUUGUUCAAGCUGCUGGAAGUCUGCAUCAUCGUCUUGGCGGCCACACCUUUCAGCGGGCUGGUGCUGCUCCCGCUCACCCUCCUCUACAUCUUCAUACAGAGCUUCUACGUGGCGGCGUCGUGUCAGCUUCGGCGACUGGAGGCGGUCAGUCGCUCGCCCAUUUACAGCCACUUCAACGAGACUGUCCAGGGCGUCUGUGUGAUUCGAGCGUUCGGCGAACAGCAACGCUUUGUGCAGCUGGCCGACCAUCGCAUCGAUAAGAACCAAGAGGCCUAUUUUCCCAGAUUUGUGGCCACCAGAUGGUUGGCGGUGAACCUGGAGUUCCUGGGGAAUCUUCUGGUUCUGGCCGCUGCCGUCUUUUCGGUGCAAAAUCGACAUGUGCUCAGUCCAGGCGUGGUGGGUUUGGCCGUGUCACAUUCUCUCCAGGUGACAGGGAUUCUGAGCUGGAUUGUUCGAUCCUGGACCGACGUGGAGAACAACAUCGUGUCAGUGGAGAGAGUGAAGGAAUACGCCAACACGCCCAAAGAGGCACCUUGGAUAAAGAAGAACAAUUAUCUCCAAGCAGACUGGCCGAACCAAGGAACCAUCCAGUUUGAGGACUACGGACUGCAGUAUCGUAAAGGUCUUGACUGGGCCUUAAAGGGAAUCUCCAUCAGCAUCCAAGACAAAGAGAAGGUGGGGAUCGUUGGAAGAACGGGAGCGGGGAAGUCGUCCCUCGCUCUGGGAAUUUUUCGUAUUCUGGAGGCGACCAGCGGACGUGUUUUCAUCGAUGAAGUGGAUAUUUCCCAGAUUGGCCUUCAUGAGCUCCGCUCCAGGAUCACAAUCAUCCCUCAGGAUCCGGUGCUGUUCUCAGGAUCCCUCAGGAUGAACCUGGACCCGUUUGACGUGUGCUCGGACGAGGAACUGUGGAGGGCUCUGGAGCUGGCUCACCUCAGCAGCUUUGUGUCCCGGCUGCCCGACCAACUGAAGCACCAGUGCUGCGAAGGAGGAGAGAAUCUCAGUCUUGGUCAGCGCCAGCUGUUGUGCUUAGCCAGAGCUCUGCUGAGAAAAACUAAAAUCCUGGUUCUGGAUGAAGCCACCGCAGCUGUGGACUUGGAGAUGGACCAACUGAUCCAGUUCACCAUCCGGACUCAGUUCAGUGACUGCACCGUCCUCACCAUUGCUCACCGCCUCAACACCAUCAUGGAUUAUACCAGGAUCAUGGUGAUGGACCAGGGCUCCAUCGUGGAGAUGGACUCUCCCUCACAGCUCCUCCAGCAGCGAGGACUCUUCUAUGGGAUGUGUCGUCAGGCUGGACUGCUCUGACACACCAGCAGGCGUCCUGUAUCAUCUCAUAAAGAUUUUGUCUUGACCCGAGAUCUACAAAGUGGAGAGGAAGCAGGACCGGCCCAAACUCCAGUGACCUUUUCUUUGAACUUUUUUGUAACUAAAAGGCAGUGGCUGUUUAUGACCCCCCUCCCUUAGAAACAGCUGUUGCCAUGUAAUCAGGGAAAGUCCAAAUAAAAUACAACCACUGCCUCUCUCCUCAU